AUGUCUACCAACAUUGACAUUAAUACACCAAUUAAACCAUCAUCAUCAUCUAAUAAUGAUGAUGAUUAUGAUGAUGAUGCAAUCAAUGAUAUUGAACAAAGAAUAAUAGAACUAGAGAAUUGUUUGAUGGGUCAUCAAGUAUUGUCGCUCGAUGAUUUACUACGUACUCCUCUUCCCUAUAUCACUACAACCACCAAUUCUUCAUCACCCAGUACACUGAGACGUCAAACAUCUCCUAGCACCUCCUCCUCAUCCUCAUCCACCACCACAAUCAUAAGCAACACUAAUCUAGUAGACACUACACUUCAAUCAGGAUCUUGUAUUUCAGAGCAAUUAGAUAGAUAUAGAUCACAAAUCAAUAAUAUCAAAACAGAUAAUGAUACAAUCAAUAGUUUUCUUAAUUUAUACAAAGAUAAUGAAACAUUAUUUAAUACAGUAAUGGAUAAUGAUGCAAUUGGGAAUGGAGGAUUGAUAACAUCUGUCGAAAAGUUGGCAAUCAUUUUAUCCAGCGAAGAUGAUAUUAAACAAACGGCACGAUAUCUUCAACUUUUGUCAGAGUUGGAAAAGUUUAUCAACAGUAACUCUGUCUCAUCUAUCCCUUCAUCCAUAACAGCUCUCAAACCUUUGCAAAGUUUUCAUAAUGAACAACAAGCCAUCACGGUGGCUUUAAACAAAAAGUUGGAACAAAAAAUACAAUCAUACAAUGAUAUAGUUGAAGCAUUGUCAACAAGAUUUGCAUAUUGGGAUAUGAUAUUAUCAGAAUACGAAAAAUCAUUAGGAAGAGGUGAACUUUAA